UAAUCUUGCUUGAUGUGAUUUUGGGCAGUUGGUUAUUGAAACAAAUAAAAAUUUAUACAUGCCGAAAGAAUCAGUUCUCUGCUGGCAUGGAUUGUGCAAAGUUAGUCAUUUUGUUGGUGGUGUGUUGCCUUUGUGGCGUCUGGGCGAAUGAAGAUGGCGACGUGGUAGUUCACAUUUCGACCGGGGAGGUUCACGGGGCGACGGGGCGAACAGGAAGGGAUCACAAAAUCUACUAUUUCUUUAAAGGAAUUCCUUUUGGCAAGGUGGAGAAACGAUUUGAGGAUUCCAAACCUGCCGACAAAUGGGAUACUCCGUUAAAAGCUGUGAACCCGAGUCCUGGCUGUGUCACGUCGGGCAUGAUUGGAGGUGUGCAAGGUGUCGAGGACUGUCUCACGCUGGAUGUCUACAUGCCAAAAUUGCCCACCAAGAAUGGAGACCUUCUCCCCGUGAUGGUCUGGAUUUACGGGGGUGCCUUUAUCGAGGGGAGUUCUAAUCAGUACGGCGGCUCCUACUUUAUGGAGAGCGACACUCCUGUGGUUCUCGUCGCCCUAAAUUACAGGCUCGGCGUGCUUGGCUUUCUAAACACGGGGACCGCAUCCGCACCAGGAAACCAAGGAUUAAAAGACCAGGUCCUCGGCCUUCGUUGGGUGCAGGAAAAUAUCGCUGCGUUUGGCGGGGAUAAAAAUAGCGUGACGAUAUUUGGCGAGAGCGCGGGUUCCAUUAGUGCGUCCAUGAUGACGUUGUCUCCACUCGCACAGGGACUUUUUCAUCGCGCCAUCAUGCAAAGCGGAAACGCGAUCUUGCCCUUCUUCUACAAGAGUUCGAACGGUCCCGCGCUGGCGAAAAUGGUCGGUCGGGAACUGGACUGCCCGACAAGCAACAUGGAAUAUUUGGUGAAAUGCUUGGAACGGAUUGAUCACAAAUUGUUCGCACCGCUGAUGAAAUUCUUUGAUGAAAUUGGAUGGGACGGAUCUGGAAUGUUUAUGGGGCCAUCUAUCGAAACUUAUAAAGGUGACGGGCAUUCCGUUUUCCUGGAUCAAGACCCAUAUCAGCUCGCCUUGGCCGGGAAGUUUUCUAAAGUGUCAAUUAUUAUGGGAGUUAUUGGUUGGGAGUGUUAUGCCAUGGCCAUCGCGGUCACAAAUUCGCAAUCCGCGAGUCGAAAGCUAAACGCGCAAUGGGGUCGGCUCGGAACGAACCUGCUCUUUUUAGCCGACACCGCUGAAGAUCCCGCCCAUGUUAUUAACGCAAUCAGGGAUCACUUCAUACCGGAAAAAGUUAUUAAUUCCACGACACAAAUGAAAUUGGAAGAAAUGGAAUCCGAACGACACUGGAUUUACCCGUUUAGAACGAUGGCAGCCCUGUACGCGAAACACGUUCCGGUUUAUUUGUACAAUUUUACGCAACAAGUCCCCGUUUUGAGCAGAGAAGAUCCCGAGUUGAAACAGUUUAAGCCAAAAUUAGAAGCCGGACAGACCCGUCGAAUCCCAUCGCACGGGGACGAACUGCCCUACUUGUUUGAAAUUACGGGAGUAAUGGAACGGUUUUACGAGCCAAUCUCAAAAGGUUCCGAUGAUGUUACUUUUGCGAAAGGAAUUAUUUCAACGUGGACAGCCUUUGCAAAAACCGGGAAACCGACUGGACCGUGGGGACACUGGCCGACAUUGGGGGAUAACGACGACAAGAAAAUCAUGCAUCUUGAAGACCCUCCGAGGUUAAUGGCGAAACCUGACAAUUGGGCAAAGAAUGACAAGUUUUGGCAGAGUUUGAGAAUCAAACAGUACGGGAAGGAGUGGCAAAAUUAUGAAGAGGAGGCAAAGGAAAAUUGUAUUUGAUUGCACAACUUGAAGUUGUCAAGGCGUACUGGCGUAUCGUAUUUGGUUUACAAUGAUACUUCCUGUAAAACUAAAGAAAACCAACUUUAGCCUUGACCGAGAAUUAAUAAACUUGUUCCUUUUGACUUACUUAAA